AAAGCCUAUCAGGAGAAAGACUCUGUCAUCAGCAGCGUCACCAGCAAAGUCAAAGGUUUUGCCCUCACCAACGUAUCUGACAUGGAGCCUCAACUUUGGGACGUGGCUGACUAUGUCAUCCCUCCUCAGGGUGAAGGUUCCUUCUUUGUGUUGACAAACAUGGUCGUGACCCCAAAGCAAAGACAGUGGCGUUGUCCUGAGCUUCCAAGUCCGUCAACGACAUGUGUGGAUGAUUGUGACUGUACUGUGGGACAUAGUGAUCCUCGGGGCAGUGGUAUACAAACAGGACUGUGUGUCAACUAUUCUUCCACUCUCCAGACAUGUGAGGUGUUCUCAUGGUGCCCGCUCGAAUUAGACGCUAAGCUGCCAGAGCGUCCAUUGUUGGCUGCAGCAGAAAACUUCACUGUGCUGAUUAAAAACAGCGUAACAUACCCAAAGUUCAAGGUUCACAGAAGAAACAUAAUGCCACAAAUCAACUCCUCGUACCUGAAGAGGUGUGAGUUCAAUCACGUCACAGAUCCUUACUGUCCCAUAUUCCGCCUCAAACACGUCGUCUCAGAGGCUGGAGAGGAGUUCCAAGACCUGGCUGUGAUGGGUGGAGUCAUUGGUAUUAUUAUAGACUGGAGUUGUGACCUGGACUGGUGGGCGGGGAAGUGUGAGCCCAAGUAUAGUUUCCGUCGUCUGGACAACAAACACCCCAACAGAAACGCGGCCCCUGGAUACAACUUCAGGUUUGCCAAGUAUUACAAAACCUCAGCUGGAGAAGAAACCAGGACCUUAAUCAAAGCAUAUGGGAUCCGCUUUGACGUCAUUGUGUUCGGAACAGCUGGGAAGUUUGGAAUCGUACCCACGAUAGUCAACAUGGGUGCAGCGUUGACGUUCCUCAGUUUGGUUCCUCUGGUUUGUGACUGGUUCGUGUUGACAUGCACGACGAGAAGAGCACUUUACAGCAGACACAAAAUCAAAUACCUACGUGAUGAUGAUGAUGAUGGCGAUACCGAGUCAGUGAGUAACUAAUCCAUCAGUUUCACAUGAAUACACACA